CUACUAGACGUGUAUUUCCAUUGAAUCCAUUGCACUCCCGGCGAGUCGGACUCGGAGCAGGCUCCUACUAGAGUCUUAGGAGCUUGUUCAUUUUUUUGUCUUCCUUUAUUUACUUGUUUAUUGCUUUGCUUAGAGCUAGGCCGUGAUUUAUGUAUUUACUUAUUUCCAAAUCCGCCCCGGCUUCGCUGCGGGGCCGGCCCAGACUCCCGUAGCUAGUUUGUUCAAGCACUAAUACAUGUAUUCACGUCACUCACCACGGCACCCAGAUAUGUAAGCGCUGGACUUGAGCUCAGCCACCAGAUUGUGCUUUCAAUUCAUUUCGCCGAAGGAUCUGCUGUAUGGUAUCAUAUACAGCAGAUUCGCCAGUUACUCUGUUCAAUCGCAAAUCCAUGCUUAUCGAGGCCUAGAACCAAAAAGCAAAUCAGGGGCUGAUAGUAUUGAUGAAUUACCUCAUUCUCUUCCAUCGCUUUCGCGAUGUCGUGCAGGUCUCUGUUGGUGAGUUCAUUACACGAUAGGUCCAAAGAUUCCAGAAGUAAAUUGCCUUCAGCUAAAAUGUGCAUCAGCAUUAUUGUAGUUUGCCUUGCAAGCAAGUUUCCAGAAAGGUUCAGGUGAAUUAUUUUACAGGUAUCGCAAAGACCUUCAAGGAGCAUACGCCCUCCGUCAUCCAUCAAUCUAUUAAGUCGUAGGUUCAUGUCUACGAGAGAUUCAUUUGCUCUUAGAGCCCGCCCAAGGUAGCGACCACCCUGUGGAAAAUAUUAAAAGUUGGUGUCAACUGACUCAUACAUGCACCUCUGUGUUGAUCUGAUUGUCUGCAAGGUUCAGGCUUGUCAAUACGCUCGAUUUGUCUAGUAGCUUUGACAGUAAACGUACUCCAUGGUUUGUUAUCUUGUUGUGAGCAAGAUCCAGACUGGUUAUUUGUGAGCUCUGAGAUAGUGAUAUCGUUGAAGUCAAGAAUCGAUAGCUACCUUAAUGAGACCAGUCAUCAACAUUCUGAGUAAGUCAUCAUCAAUUAAGUUUGACUGGAGGAUGAGCGUCGUGAGACUCUCGGAUUGAGAAAUACUUUUGGCAAGACAAUAUGCAUCAGAUACCUGGCUUGAAAAUAUCAUAACAACACGUCCGGAGCUGACGAGCAACCUUCAUUCCGAAAAGCAUUCGAUCAUAUUUCAUGCCCAAUUUCUUCGCACCGUACUUCAUUUCAAUUUUUGUGAGGUUGGGUAGCUAUGUGGAUCAUUUUAAGCGACUUCACAGCGCAUGUUGCACACCGCUUGGCAAAGCAAAUCUAUAUUUGGAUGUCCCAGCAGCUGUUGAGUCUAUACAGCAGACACAAAUUACUGGAAAGUAAAUCGCUUGGCUCAGACCUUGAGGGUAAAUGUGUAAUUUUGGGAGUAACUGGCUACUGACAGAAGAUCUAGUCCGUGUCUUCCCUAAUUGCGUCAUAAUUGAAUUACUUUGUUGGCCAGGUGCACCUCCAAUUCAUGAGAACCAAGCUCUUCCAGGCACUUUGACAAGGUAAGUAAUUAUGGCGUGUCAAAAAUUAGCGUACUUGUUGAAGAUGUGUUUCAAAAAACAACUGUUUCCAAGUUAGCCCGUGCUCAUUAAUUUGAUAAUUUUUAGGUAGAAGCUGAUAGCACCGCUGCUUCCAAUAACUCUCAUCAAAGAUAAAUUCAGAAGCAAUCUUAAGGUCUAGGUCCCGCACGAGCCUCGAGGUUAUUUCGCGCAUACAUCUAGAAGACACGCAGUCAAAUGCAACCACCGCGCGACCUUACCCUGCAGGUACAUUUUC